GUGAAUAGCCAGUGUAAUCUGACACUUCAACUUGCGGAGCUCCACGGUAGUUGAUUCAGUCACUGACUCGCACCGUCUCCGGGGCUCUCACGUCGGUCUUUGUGGAGUGGAGGCAGCGGCGGAGCGGAGGAGCGCAGCGGCGGCGGAAACACGAGGCUCUUUGGAGGAACAAUACGCGGAUUUGCCACCGAGGUCCGAGCGGAAAAUCACCGCUACCAGAGGAAGGGUCAGCAAGGGACCGUGCGUGAGGAAUACAUGAGGGGUGGGUUGGGGGAGGGGGCGGCCACCACAGCGGCAGUACCACCAAGGUCAAAGUUCACACAGACUCGCCUCUGUGAUUGAUGAGGAUUAAGAAGCAGAUUUUGCCUAAUAGGAAACACAGGAACGUCCUCAUCCACCGCACUGGGUAAAGAACCUUUAAUGGCGUCCCGGUAGAGACAUCAAGAUGAACACGUUACCAUCGAUGGACCGGCACAUCCAGCAGACCAAUGACAGGCUGCAGUGCAUCAAACAGCACUUACAGAACCCGGCCAACUUCCACUCGGCGGCCACAGAGCUGCUCGACUGGUGUGGAGAUCCCCGGGCCUUCCAGCGACCUUUCGAGCAAAGUCUCAUGGGAUGUCUGACGGUGGUGAGUCGAGUUGCUGCGCAGCAGGGGUACGACUUGGACUUGGGCUACAGGUUGCUGGCUGUGUGUGCCGCCAACAGGGACAAAUUCACCCCCAAAUCUGCAGAAACCAGCACCUGCAGGAGAUGUCAGAGUGACUCAGCCCUGCUGUCGUCGUGGUGCGAGGAGCUGGGUCGUCUCCUCCUGCUGCGUCACCAGAAGAACAGGCAGAACGAACCGCAGGGAAAAGUCCCCAUGCAGCCCAGCAUGAGCAGCAUGAAGCCCGGCCUCACGCACAGUGAUGGAUCCUUUCCCUAUGACUCUGUCCCCUGGCAACAAAACACCAACCAGCCCCCUGGGUCCCUGUCCGUGGUGACAACGGUGUGGGGCGUGACCAAUACGUCACAGAGUCAGGUGCUGGGUAAUCCGAUGGCAAACAGCAAUAACCCCAUGAAUCCUGGGGGUAACCCUAUGGGACCCGGUAUGUCUGCCAGCGGAGCAGGACUCAACUCACCUCAGUUCAGUGCUCAGCAGCAACAGUUCCAAAACAAAGGCGGCUCCAACCAACAGUACAUGCAGCAGGGCAUGUACGGCAGGCCUGGCUACCCUGGUGGUCCUGGGGGAUACAGCGGAAGUUAUUCCGGAGGCCCAAACACUCCUCAAGGAGGUAUGGGAAUGACCUCCCACACACGUCCUGCUGGUGACUUCACGCAGCCAGCUGCCGCUGCUGCAGCAGCUGCCGUCGCUGCCGCUGCUGCUACGGCAACGGCCACAGCAACAGCCACGGUAGCAGCUAUGCAGGAAACCCAGAAUAAAGAUAUGAACCAGUAUGGACAGAUGUGUUCAUCGUUCCAAAUGGGCCCCACUCAGACCUACAACAGCCAGUUCAUGAACCAGCCAGGCCCACGAGGGCCCCCUGGAGGCAUGAAUCCAGCCAGCAUGGGAUCACCCAUGAGCAACCCCAACAUGAGUGGUCCUCCCAUGGGCAUGAACCAGGCUCGAACCCCAGGCAUGGGGCCUUUUGGAGCUCACGGCCAGAGGAUGCCACAGCAGGGGUAUCCUGGAGUACCCCGACAGGGUGUGCCCAUGCAGGGGAUGAAGAGGCCGUAUCCUGGGGAGGCAAGUUACGCAGCUCAGCAAUACGGGCCAAACAGUCAGUUCCCGCCACAGCAGGGGCAGUACCCAUCAUCGAACCCCUCCAGGCCGCUGCCCUCUCCUAACUACCCCGGGCAGAGGAUGCCAGGGCAGCAGAGCCAGGGACAGUACCCACCCGGGAUGCCCAUGGGCCAGUAUUAUAAGCAAGAGCCCUUCAAUGGUCAGAGCACCAACUUCUCUGGAGGUGGUUACUCCUACGGUCAAGGCAAUGGGCCUCCCCGGCCCGUAAACUACCCCCACUCCCCUGUCCCUGGAAACCCCACACCCCCCAUGACCCCAGGAAGUAGCAUCCCUCCGUACCUGUCGCCAAACCAGGAUGUGAAACCCCCGUUUCCACCCGACAUGAAACCAAAUAUGACAGCACUUCCGCCCCCUCCAAGUGAGUACACCAGCAAUACUGAAGCAACUGGAUCAUUUCAUCCUCAUCUGCGUGACCUUGACCCCCCUCCCCCCCCUGUUUUUCUCUGUCCUCCAGGUAACCCCAACGAAGAGCUGCGGCUGACAUUCCCCGUCAGGGAUGGAGUGGUGCUAGAGCCGUUCCGCCUGGAGCACAACCUGGCUGUCAGUAACCACGUCUUCCACCUUCGACCCUCCGUCCACCAGACCCUCAUGUGGAGGUCAGACCUUGAGCUGCAGUUUAAGUGCUACCACCACGAAGACAGGCAGAUGAACACCAACUGGCCCGCCUCCGUCCAGGUCAGCGUCAACGCCACGCCUCUCACCAUCGAGCGGGGUGACAACAAAACCUCCCACAAAGCCCUGCACCUGAAGCACGUAUGCCAACCUGGGAGAAACACCAUCCAGAUUACAGUCACGGCCUGCUGCUGUUCCCACCUGUUUGUGCUGCAGCUGGUCCACAGACCAUCUGUGCGCUCCGUCCUCCAGGGGCUCCUGAAGAAGAGGCUCCUUCCUGCAGAACACUGCAUCACCAAGGUUAAGAGGAACUUCAGCAGUGUGGCGGCCUCGGCAGGCAACACCACUCUGAAUGGGGAAGAUGGCGUGGAGCAGACGGCCAUUAAAGUGUCGCUGAAAUGUCCCAUCACCUUCCGACGCAUCCAGCUACCGGCACGAGGGCACGACUGCAAACAUGUCCAGUGUUUUGAUCUGGAGUCCUACUUACAGCUCAACUGUGAGCGGGGGACAUGGAGGUGUCCUGUGUGCAAUAAAACGGCAUUAUUAGAAGGUCUGGAGGUGGACCAGUACAUGUGGGGAAUCCUCAACGCCAUACAAAACUCAGAGUUUGAAGAGGUCACUAUAGACCCGACAUGUAGCUGGCGACCUGUCCCCAUCAAGUCGGAGCUACACAUCAAAGAGGACCCCGACGGACCGCUCACCAAGCGCUUCAAGUCCAUGAGCCCCAGUCAGAUGACCAUGCCCAAUGUGAUGGAGAUGAUCGCCCAGCUAGGGCCUGGUCCCGGCCCAGGACCCGGCCCUGGACCCGGACCCGGUCCCAGUCCCUACCCUCCACAUCCUAGUCAACAUACAAGCGGGAACGGUGGAGAUUACCCAGGAGCAGGCAACAGUUACCACAGCCAGGGGCACUUUGACUUCCCUCAUGGGAACCCCUCUGGUGGUGGGGUUGGAGGAGGCGGCGGAGGUGGUCCCCCUAUGAGUGACUUCAUCCACGGCCCCCAGCUCUCGCACCCCCCGGAUGGACAUGGCGGCCUCCUCUCGCAGGACAAGCCCCUGAGCCACAGCAUGAACGAUUCAAUGUCCCAUCCCGAUCAGUCCCAUAGCUCCAUGCAGCAGAGCUUGCAUGCGUCUCCCCACCCCGGCAGCCAAACAGGGCCGCCCUUGCAUCACGGCGGCCAGUCAGGGCAGCCCUUGCAUCACGGCGGCCCGUCAUCGCAGCCGCAUCGCCAGUCGCAGCCUCAGCCGCCGCCCCUGCCUCAGCAGGCCGGGCAGAACAGUCACCCCCACGGCGAUCUGAACUUUAACCCCUCCUCAGAUGGGCAGAUGGGUCAGGGAGCGCAGGAUAUGCCUGAACCCUCCCUGGAUCUGCUUCCAGAGCUGGCGAACCCGGACGAGUUACUAUCGUACCUGGACCCCCCCGACCUCCCCGCCAACAGCAACGACGACCUUCUCUCCCUCUUUGAGAACAACUAGCCCCUCCCCCUCCCCGUACGAACCCUCCUGCGCCUACAGGAGCGGUGACGUGUUUGACUGUCCGUCCACAGACACUUCACCCCCCUCCUCCAAAUAGACACUUCAAGCAGCUUCCGAUGCUCAUACACACACACACACACACAGAUACAGUGUGGGAGGGGAGCCCGGCGGAAAAAGGGGGGCACCUGUUUUGGGAACUCCCAACGGAGAACGCAGGAACGCCGCUCAUCUCCGAGCUCCCCCUCCCUCUUUUUUUGUUCCUCCUGUAAAGAUUCCACGCACCAGUUCCACCGCCUCUGACUCGAAACACACACCAUUUACAGCCAUGUUUUGGCGGGCACUAAAAUGAUAUUAUAUAUAUACAUAUAUAUGAUAUUUGUGACUUUACAACUGAAAACUGUGCAGCUAUAAUCGUCUUGUGUGACAACACAGAGGAGAGCGGAGCCUUUGUGGGCUUCAGGAAAAGUGUUGUAGCUUUGUUUUUAUUUUUUCUUUUGUUUUUUUUAAAUUAUAAUUUUCCUUUUGUGAAAAAAAAAACGAAAAGUCCAAGGGAAAAACAUUGUCUUGUAAGAGUGUUUUUAUCCUGUUUGAAAUGUGUUCUUCCAAAACUUUGGCACAUGCCAUGCCCUUUGACCCCCCCCUCCUCAGUGUGUGUGAGUCUGUGUGUGUGAGUGUGUGUGUGAGAGAGAGAGAGAGAGAGAGAGAGCAAGAUGAAUAACUGGAACUCAUCAGAAUCCCAGCACUGAAAGGAUGAGCUUAUAUGUCCUCCGGUGUCAACAGAGGAAAAAAGUGCGCACUGUGCAACGUCGUGUGUGUGAGCGUGUCGUUAUGUGUGUGUGUGUAUAUACAUAUUUCUGUGUGUGUGUUUUAUGUCUUCCCUUUUGUUUGCAUGUGAGCGUUAGUGAAAGACGGCGGGGGGGAGAGAAAGUUGGAGACGGAGGAGGGAAGAGAAACAUCAACUGAAAUAACCGUCUCUCUCUCCACCCAGGCUGUAGCUGUUGUAACGUUUCCGCUCGUCCUCACCGAACCCUGCACCAUUUUGUUCUCAAGUGCAUGUGUGCCAACGGCUCCUGUUGUCUUAGUCCAGCCUAAACGUGCUUGAUCAAAUCAUUUUCUCUCACGUCUUGAUAUUUAUUAUUUUAUUUCGUUGGUUUUUUUUAGGUGUUGUCCUUUUUUAAAAAUGUGUUUUACCUUUUGUCCCACGUCGAAAUGAAUCAGACACACGUCACCAAAGUUUUUUCGUCAAGGUUUCGACAUCCGGCAGAUGAUUUUAAAAUCGCUGUGUUUUAUACAAACGUCUGCGUGAUUGUUCCGAGCUUCCUGUUUAUUCGUUUUCUUUUCACAUCUAAUUGGGGAAAAACAUUCUGCAUGGUCCAACAGUGUUUCCAGAGCUGUUGUAAAUACCCUUUGUGAAUACUCCCUUUGUGAGUACUGUACAGUGCUGUACCUAAUCUAUUACUGCAACUACACGGUACUGUAUGUCUGUCCAGGACUACACACACUCACAGACACACACAGAAUCCCUUAUAACUAACAUUGUAACCGAUUGAUCCAAAUGCACUCUCACUGGCCUUGUACCCUGUGUAUUGUGUACAGUUUCUUUCCAUUAGCCUGUGACAAUGCAUCAGCAAAAAAAGGAAUAUUUGAAUUAUUCUGCAAGAAAGUUGUGAUUAAUUUUUUUUUUAUUUCAUACAUGUACGUGUACAAAAGUUAGCAGGGUUUUUUUGUCUAAAAUUCUGCAGCCUCGAGUUCCAAAAUUCUCCAAAAAUGAUUUAAUAUUAUUGUUAUUGGAACAAGUGACCUCGUCCUCUUUAUUUAAAGUGAGAAUGUGCAAACUGAUUGUUUCGAGGCCUGAUAAUGAGCUUUGAUAACCAUACUGAGCAAAAACAAGUGUGACUAUGAUUUUCAUCACAUUUUAUAAUGUUCGGCGGUUUAAGUUAUUAUUUUUGUCCAAUGUUUUUUUUUUUAUGAUAUAAUUUGGUUUACACGGUUUUAUGCAGUACCAUCAGUGAAUUUUAAAACAUGCUGGUGGCUGAAAUUUGCCCCGUUUUGAUAUUUGAAGAACCUGAUUGGGCUUCACUGGAUCGUUAGAGUCGAUAGAAUCACCGGGUUUCACAGUCGAGGGAUCGGAUGUUGUUUGUUUCUAUGUUUGUCGCAGACAGUGCACUGCCUCAUCGCGAUGUUUUAUUUGCCUACACAGUGUGUAACUGUAACCUCUCACAAAAAUCACAUGUACGUAAUCUGAGCGACACAAAUCGUACUGUCCGAUCGCAGCCGUUGGAAACUGAGCUGAGGAUCUGAAAGAGGAUUAAUAUUGUAAAGUGAAAAUUUGAGGGAGACCCUUCUCCCGUUCGCAUCACGAGGAAAGGUCGUGGCUGAGGGACGUAAGGGACACGUGUAUAUACUGUAAAUGACAAAUAGAGACACGUUAACAGAAAUGUAUUCAUUUUCUCCAGGGGGAGUGUGCAUAGUGUAUUUAGAAUUUGUAAAGCUUGCAUCCUCCUGUCAGACAUUGAAUUGGGAAAAUGUGUUUGAUUGCGUCUGUGCGGACCUCUCUAACCACGCCUGUUCAUUUAUGUAAGAUACUUUAUGUGCCCCUCCACGCGGGGUUUCCGAGAAAAAAAAAUCAAGACAAUUUUUCUUUUGUGUAAUAUUAAAACCUCUGUGUAUUUCUCUAUUACCUGUGUACUUUAUAAAGGUGCUACGAAAUUAUUAAAACCUUUUGAGGUAUAAUUGGGACUUGGAGACAUGGAGCUCUGGGUGGCUCUUAAAGGGUUGUUUCCAAAUUUACAGUUUGUAAAAAAGAUUUUUGUCAAAUUUAUAAUUUUUAUGCAAUUUGGCAAAAUAUGCUAUAAGGUACAAUCUGAAGUGAUUGGCACAACAGGUGGCAGUUGUCUCUUUGGUUUUGUACAUUCUAUGUACAAUCAUUUCAUAUUCUAAACUGGUCAGAAAAACAUUGUGAUUUUUAGUCUUGCAAAUCUGUAUGUAGUUAGAUGAUGUGACAUCCUAAUAUUUAUCUAAUAAAUAUGUAUUCAGAUGAAACACA